AUGGAAAAGGCGCCUAGCCAUGGCAGCAGCCGCAGUUACUUUAUUGGAGACAUGGUAAUCUCCUGCGACCCGUUGGUGUGGGUAUUGGAGAGCAGCGCUUACAAGACGCUCUGUGCUUAUUGUUUUCAAGAAAGCCAAGAACUGCGAGCAUGUUCGGGAUGCCACCUGCAUCGCUACUGCAAUCCUGUUUGUCAGGCUGCGGACUGGAAAGCGGAACAUAAGCUGGAAUGCGCCAUGCUGAAAAAGAUCGGCACUGGUACGCGCCCUCGACCAGAGCGCGGUCCACUGGGUGAAUCAGCAUCGGGCAACUAUCCCGUCCCUACGGAUAUGAUCGCCAAGCUGGCCAAUAAAAUCAAGUUAAAUACGAUGAUGGACAUCCCGGGCAUGGGUCGGAAAUCGACCAAAGAUCUUCUGCUCAUGCUGCCGGAAAAUCCCAUGCAAGCGGAAGUCGAAUGGAAGCUACAACCAGCGUUAUCGGCUAUGGAGUCGCGAAAUUCCCUGAUAGACGAGUUGCCAGCAGCGGAAUUUUUGGCGUACUACGGAAUGCUCCGCUACAACGUUCUGCCCAUUUACGAUAUGCUCGCCGCACCGAUCGGCUUAGCCGUGUAUCCGCAGGCACCGCCGCGACGAAUGACGCCGGUGUGCUGGGACAUUAACGUGGGCUUGAAGAUGUAG